UAGAACCCGUGACGGUCAUGAGAAUUCUUUUCCUCGCGAAUCUCAAGCUCACAGCAGCCACGAGGGGUUUAAGGAGGAGGAGGAGAGAGAGAGAGAGACAAAGAGCAAGAGGGAGCGAGAGAGAGAGAGGACUGGACUCACUCCGGCCCAGCCUGAGAGCCACUUCAUCUCUAUAAUCGAAUUAUCCAAUUCGGGAACGAUGCCUCGGGGUGACUUCAACGUUCAUUUUGCAAGCAGAGGCCGUGGCUCCUACAUCAGGGCAGAGGAGGCUGCUGGCAUUGCCUUACUGGCAAUCAUCCUCACAGCUCUGCUCAUCCUGGGCUGCUGGUACUAUCGCCGACGGAGCGGAUACAAAAUUAUUCGGAACGCCCGGGGCAGUAGCCAGUCCUGGAGGGACAUCAUGAGAUCUGGGCAGUACAGCGAAGCAGGAGCUGCAGCCGAAAACAAAAUGGCCCUUACUGAAUUCAGCAACCUCCAACCAGCGGUACCCAAUGCCCCACCGGCCUAUGAGAAGAUUGCUUCUGGACCAUUACCGCCACCUUACUCACCCUGAAGAACUUCACUGGGUUAAAUUAUGGGUCUUCUUUGAUUUUAACGAUCAUUUCAAUAACAAAAAGCUGAAGAAAUGUGGGACUUGAUCCACGACGAAUUUACUGUUGCUUGGCUUAAUAUAUACAUCAGUCUACUGUUGUGCCUUCUGGAAUAUACUCUAAGGUGCUUCAAAGGUACAACAAGACUUUUACGUUAUGCUUGUCAGUCACAUUUUACCGGUUAAGUGUUAUUCUUGUGGAGGAUGUACAGCUUUACCUUAUCUGUUAGAUUCCUAGGGAUCUUCCUAUGAGUCUCUACUGUCAUUCUGUUACAUUCACUUUGUAUAAAUUGAUAAUUACACUUGCAAUAUGUAGUCACUGGCAAUUUAGACUGAAUUGUUAUUAGUAGACUGUGCAUCCUCCCAGUGUACAGUAUAUCAUUGGUGAUUUUUUCACUUUUGGCUCAACAAUUGAAUGCUUAUUGAAUGCUGUUUGUUUUCAGACACUACAAGACAAUGUACAGUCUUCCAAUCCACUUUACAAUAAGUGGUUUGUACAAUUUUUAAAACUGCUAGUACAGUUGCAGUUUGUCAAGUCUGCCGCAUUUGCUGUUUGUUUGGGAUGCAACACCAUUUUACUGCACUACAGUUGCCCUUAUUCAUCAAAGUUGCGUAUGGUCAAAUUUAAGCAAGCAAAGUUCAGCUUUGUUAUUAAUCAGUUUCAUUUUUGGUGCAUCUGUACAAUCACACAAUGUGUCAUUCAGGGUGGUCAAAUCUGCGUUUUUACACAAUUAAAUAAAGGCCAUUGUCUAUGGAGAAGA